AUGUUCUGUACCUCACCACUGUCUACCUACACAAGGUACCUCACCACUGUCUACCUACACAAGGUACCUCACCACUGUCUACCUACACAAGGUACCUCACCACUGUCUACCUACACAAGGUACCUCACCACUGUCUACCUACACAAGGUACCUCACCACUGUCUACCUACACAAGGUACCUCACCACUGUCUACCUACACAAGGUACCUCACCACUGUCUACCUACACAAGGUACCUCACCACUGUCUACCUACACAAGGUACCUCACCACUGUCUACCUACACAAGGUACCUCACCACUGUCUACCUACACAAGGUACCUCACCACUGUCUACCUACACAAGGUACCUCACCACUGUCUACCUACACAAGGUACCUCACCACUGUCUACCUACACAAGGUACCUCACCACUGUCUACCUACACAAGGUACCUCACCACUGUCUACCUACACAAGGUACCUCACCACUGUCUACCUACACAAGGUACCUCACCACUGUCUACCUACACAAGGUACCUCACCACUGUCUACCUACACAAGGUACCUCACCACUGUCUACCUACACAAGGUACCUCACCACUGUCUACCUACACAAGGUACCUCACCACUGUCUACCUACACAAGGUACCUCACCACUGUCUACCUACACAAGGUACCUCACCACUGUCUACCUACACAAGGUACCUCACCACUGUCUACCUACACAAGGUACCUCACCACUGUCUACCUACACAAGGUACCUCACCACUGUCUACCUACACAAGGUACCUCACCACUGUCUACCUACACAAGGUACCUCACCACUGUCUACCUACACAAGGUACCUCACCACUGUCUACCUACACAAGGUACCUCACCACUGUCUACCUACACAAGGUACCUCACCACUGUCUACCUACACAAGGUACCUCACCACUGUCUACCUACACAAGGUACCUCACCACUGUCUACCUACACAAGGUACCUCACCACUGUCUACCUACACAAGGUACCUCACCACUGUCUACCUACACAAGGUACCUCACCACUGUCUACCUACACAAGGUACCUCACCACUGUCUACCUACACAAGGUACCUCACCACUGUCUACCUACACAAGGUACCUCACCACUGUCUACCUACACAAGGUACCUCACCACUGUCUACCUACACAAGGUACCUCACCACUGUCUACCUACACAAGGUACCUCACCAUUGUCUACCUACACGAUUAGAUAA